AUGUUUACGGAUCCAAAUUCCUCGUACCAUUGCAGCACGCCGCCGAGCGACGACUCUCCUUUUGAAUGCUACUCUUUCAGCUCCUCAUUUUCGCCCUCUGCAUCCGAUUCCUCGGCAGCCUCCUGGGACCCGGCCACAUUAACACCAACUUCCACGCCGCGGGCAUCUCCGGAUUCGGACAGCCUUGAGGAUGGAUACCGAUCCUCAUGUGCGUCUUUUUGUACUCCUGGCACUUUUGAGAACGGAGCAUACUUCGGUCCGGAUAGCAUCAUGACCGAGGAAUUGCUCUCUGGAUUUCAAUAUCCGGUCAUACCAACUCAAGCUGCGAUGGGUUAUACCGAGUUCUCCACUGCCACAAACGAUGGCCUUCCACAGACACCAUCUUUGGCACUGCUUUGCACGCCCCACUCUUCUGUAUCUGCCGACUUCGUUGUUCCGUCGCAAACCACCUUUACAGAUACGUUCGAUGUAGGCACUCCUCAUAGACCUGCAAACUUGAAAGUUGAGUUCGAAUAUGACAGUCCGAACUCGGAGUACAGCAUCAACAGCUCGCCACUGGGAAGCAUGCCAUAUCACAUGCCAUUGUCCUACAAUGGGUGCAGGUCAGCCUCAUCAACGCCAUCGCGGUCCUCGGUGAGGCAACCAAAGUUCGAGCCACUUUCAAGCUCAGCUGCACUACAUUUGGUGCAAGGGAUCCAAACCCUCCCGAGCUCAGGCUCGACUGCAGCCCGCUCAACGCGCCGAAGGGUCAAGCGGGAAGUUCAAGAUUGCAUACUACCUGGCACGAUAAGAGUCCAGAAAGAGGCGACGCAAGAAUGCCGCUGGGAGGGCUGUAAGGGGAAAAAGUUCCAAAGAAAGGAACACCUGAGGCGGCACGAGAGAAGCGUUCACCUUGGAUUUACAAUUGAGUGCGUGCUGUGCCACCAUUUAUUCAAUCGGACCGACAAUCUUAAGCAACACUACAAGCUUCACGCCCAAGUGAAAAGAAAGGGCACACGAACGGGUUAUUAUGCCGAUGCCCAACGACUUGUUGACGAGAUGGAAAGGAAAUCUCGCAAGACGGGAGAACAAUGCUGA